AUGGCGGUGCAAAUGGUUAAUACUUCAUAUGAGCAAACUCCAUCUUCUUUGUCAAUCUUUAAUAAAGUUGAUCAUCCAAUAACACUGAAGUUUCAUGAAGUGAUUUACACAAUCAAAAUCAAGAAAAGAGGAUGGACGAUGAAGAAGACGAACGAAUCACCAGAGAAGCAAAUAUUGAAAGGCAUUACGGGCAUGGUAUCACCCGGAGAAAUAUUGGCGAUCUUAGGUCCAUCUGGUUGUGGAAAAACUACACUUUUGACGGCAUUAGGUGGUCGGUUAGGUGGCAAACUCCACGGGACUAUUACAUAUAAUGGCAAAUCAUUUUCUAGUAUUAUGAAACGAUAUAUCGGUUUUGUUACUCAAGAUGACAUUCUAUACCCUCACUUGACAGUCACUGAAACUCUAGUUUUUACUGCUCUACUUCGGUUGCCUAAGAAUCUAACCAGUCAACAAAAGGUCUUACUUGCUGAAGCCGUGAUUGAUCAACUUAGGUUAACAAGGUGCAAGAAUAUAAUCAUAGGUGGCCUGAAUUUAAGAGGGUUAUCAGGUGGAGAGCGAAAAAGGGUUAGUAUUGGACAAGAAAUGCUUAUAAAUCCUAGUUUGUUGUUUUUAGAUGAGCCGACAUCUGGGCUUGAUUCAACAACUGCUCAAAGGAUUGUUUCAACAUUAUGGGAAUUAUCAAGAGGAGGAAGAACCCUUGUAAUGACAAUUCAUCAACCAUCAAGUAGACUCUUCUACAUGUUUGAUAAGGUGUUGUUGCUAUCAGAGGGUAAUUCAUUGUAUUUUGGAAAAGGAUCAGAAGCUAUGAGUUAUUUUGAGAGCAUUGGCUAUUCACCAUCGGUAGCCAUGAAUCCUUCCGACUUUUUGCUUGAUCUUGCAAAUGGGAUAGCAUCAAAUGACUCGAGUCGUGUGGAUCAAAAUGUGGUCAAGCAGAAGUUGGUUUUGGCUUAUAAGUCGAAUCUUGGUAAUAAUAUGAAUGUUGAAGUAUUAGAAGAUAAUGAUAACGUGAGAGAAAACAGGAAGGCUAAAAGAUGGAGCACAACUUGGUGGCAACAAGUCAAAGUUUUGCUUAGAAGAGGUGUCAAAGAAAGAAGACACGAAUUCUUUUCGACUCUAAAGAUUGGUCAAGUUCUUGCUGUAUCCUUGCUGUGUGGUUUGCUAUGGUGGCAAUCUGAUACGUCUCACUUACAUGAUCAGUCAGGAUUGCUGUUCUUUUACUCUGGAUUUUGGGGAUUUUACCCUUUAUUUCAAGCAAUUUUCACAUUCCCUCAAGAAAGACGAAUGCUAAGCAAAGAAAGAUCUUCAGGAAUGUAUAGACUUUCGUCAUAUUUUGUGUCAAGGACGAUAGGAGAUCUUCCAAUGGAACUAGUUCUGCCCAUGAUGUUUUGCGUCAUCACCUACUGGAUGGGCGGGCUCAAACGGGAGUUUGGAAGUUUCAUGUACGCCUUGAUGACUCUGUUCUUUAGUGUCUUAGUCUCACAAGGGCUAGGACUUGCAUUAGGUGCACUUGUCAUGGACCAGAAAUCCGCCACCAUGCUUGGGUCUAUCAUCAUGAUGUCCUUCACAUUAGCAGGUGGAUACUAUGUUCAACAUGUGCCAGGUUUCAUAUCCUGGAUCAAAAUUUUAUCGAUCAGUCAACACACUUAUAAGCUCUUGAUAAUUUCACAAUACAAGCAUGGGCAGACAUACCGUUGUGGUCACAAGAUUUGUUCGGUUGAAGAUUUCCCGACUAUUAAGACAGUUGGACUUCAUGGGCAAAUGAUUUCCAUUGUUGCUUUGGCUAUAAUGUUGGUGGUUUAUCGGGUUAUUGCUUAUAUGGCUCUCAUGAGGGUUGGCAUGCCUAAAUAG